UGGGGGAGGCGCCAGCUGCCCGUCCCGCCGCUGCCCGGGGCGCCGCGCACCAUGAGGCUCCGCUGCCGGGCGGCCGCGCUGCUGCUGCUCGCGCUGUCCGCGCUGCUGCUCGCGCUGCUGGCCCUGCGCCCCGGCCCCGCGUCCCCGCCGCCCGCGCGCCCCGCGUCCGCCCCGCAGCGCCCUCCCGCGCCGGCCCCCGCGCGCCCCGCGGGCCGGGGCGCCCCCACCCGGGCGGGCCCAGGCGCCCAGAGGCCCCGGCCCGCGCCUCCGCGCCCCCGAGCCGGCCGCCGCCGGGGCGCGCCGAGCCCGGAGAAGUUGGCGAGGAAACCCGGAGAACCCAGGAGUUUCCAUGCCGUGCUGCCCCCCAAGCUCUGGAUCCACCUGGCCGUGGUGGCCUGCGGCAACCGGCUGGAGGAGACGCUGGUCAUGCUGAAGUCAGCCGUGCUCUUCAGCCACAGGAAGAUGCACUUCCACAUUUUCACAGAAGAAUCUCUGAAGCCCGAGUUUGAUAAGCAGUUACAGCAGUGGCCUGACUCGUAUACGGAGAAGUUUGUGCACAGAAUCUAUCCCAUCACAUUUUCCGUGGGAAACCCCCAGGAGUGGAGGAAGCUGUUCAAACCCUGUGCUGCCCAGAGACUCUUCCUCCCGGUGAUUUUAAAGGAUGUGGACUCGCUCCUCUACGUGGACACUGACGUUCUCUUUCUGAGACCCGUCGAGGACAUCUGGAAGCUCCUGCGGCAGUUUAACUCCACCCAGCUCGCAGCCAUGGCCCCUGAGCACGAAGUCCCCCAGACCGGCUGGUACAGCCGCUUUGCUCAGCACCCUUUCUAUGGCUCCGCGGGAGUUAAUUCGGGAGUCAUGCUAAUGAAUUUAACUCGUAUAAGAAGUGCCCAGUUCAAGAACAGCAUGACUCCAACAGGGUUGGCGUGGGAGGACAUGCUGUACCCUCUAUACCAGAAGUACAAGAAUGCCAUCACGUGGGGAGACCAGGAUUUAUUAAAUAUUAUUUUUUACUUCAAUCCAGAGCGUCUCUAUGUGUUCCCCUGCCAUUGGAACUACCGUCCUGACCACUGCAUGUAUGGCAGCAACUGCAAAAGGGCAGAGCUCGAAGGGGUGUCUGUUCUGCAUGGGAACCGAGGCGUCUACCAUGAUGAUAAGCAGCCGACUUUCAAAGCCCUAUACGAAGCCAUACGGGAUUUUCCCUUUCAAGACAAUCUCUUUCAAUCCAUGUAUUACCCUCUCCAGCUGAAGUUUUUGGAAACUGUACACACUUUAUGUGGACGAAUCCCACAAGUGUUUCUGAAGCAAAUUGAGAAAACAAUGAAAAGGGCUUAUGAGAAGCAUGUCAUCAUGCAUGUUGGCCCCAACCAGAUGCACUGAGUGUUUCAUCUUGUUGCAGUUAAUCAGGUAUCUCACCGAUGAGGAAGAGUCGUCUCUAAGCUGCCUGGGCCAUUUCUGUGUGAAUAUCUAAUGGUGCUCCCUGACAAUUGACUUUUAAAAGCUUUGUAAAAUGUUGCUAAAUUAGUUGCCCUAUAAAGAAAGUAGGCUUUUUUUUUUUUGUAAAAUGCUAUUUAUCUCUCUUGUUAUUUUAAAAAAAAUAUGUUAUUACUCAUUUAACAUUGUUUAGGUUGAGCUAGCUGUGAAAAAGGAACUUUUGUUAGACUUUCAAUUCCUGUAAGUGUCUGAAACAGUAUCAGUGGCAUCUGAGGUGCUGAGGUGAUAUAUAUAUAUAUAUAUAUAUAUAUAUAUAUAUAUAUAUAUAGUUUUAUUGAUUUUGGAGAGAGGGAAAGACUGGAACAUCAAUAAUGAGAGUCAUUGAUUGGCUGCCACCUGCACAUCCUCUACUGGGGAUGGAGCCAUAACCUGGGCAUGUGCCCUAACUGGGAAUCAAACCAGUGACCUCUUGGUUCAUGGGUCAACGCUCAACCAGUGAGCCUCCCCAGCUGGGCUGAGGUGAUAUAUUUAUCCUGGAUUCCUGCAACUGUUUCUAUGCAAUUGGCUCUUCCACAGCUUUGUAAUCGAAGUAAUACAUGCUUGUUGUAAAACAAAUUUUAAAAACUUGUAGAUAAUAUAGUUCAGUGAACCAAAAUCAAGAUUGGAUUAGCCAUAAUCCUACCAGCCAGGGAAAAAGAUUGCUAUUUUAAUGUAUUCCUUCCAACUUUUUCACCACAAUUUCUAUCUUUACUUGCUGGUUAUCUUUCCCAUUGUAUCACAUAUCUAAAACAGGUAGUAUGAGUAAAAGCUGGCUGUAUAUUGAGCAUUUUAUGUAAGAAACUAAAAAGUUGACAAAAUCAUUAUGUUUACAGAGCUAUAUUUAAAAUACAUCUGGGAGAAGCAUUUAGAUUUCAGCUAUCUGGGCAGUGUUAAAGAAUGAACCAUAUCUAGGGUUGCUUUUCUAAGAAAACUUACUUAAAUUGUGGAAGACUGAAUCAUAAGAAGUGUCUAUGCAACCACAGCUUUUGAGAGAAAAUUGACUAAAUGUGUUAAACCUGAGGAGUUUGUUUAGCAAAGAGAUAGAAUUUUUUGUUUUCCCACCGACAAGAACAUUUGAUCUCUUACAUCAUUAGUAGGUGUGGCCUCCUCUUUUCUUUAAAUUUUUGGGCAACUUUGAAUUUAAUCUGUACAACAUAAAUAAUGCAGCUGAUUCAUUGGUAAGGAAAUUUAACUUUCUACCAGUCUUAGAAAGGUCUCUAAUAUUUUUCCCCUCUCUAGGGUUACCCAGCUUUUAGUUAAGGAACCAGAUAGAUCUUAUUGCUUAGCUAUAGUAUGGGAAGUUCUAUAGUCUAUUCCCCAAGAAGAACUGACUUAAUCUCUAGUUACUCAUAUAGUUGGUUUCAACAUACAGGUGUUGUGCAUAAUGCUUUAUUUAUCUCAGAGAACUUGCAUAAAUGAUCUCCUUGAUGUAUGCAACAGCCCUGUGAACAUAGUAGGCACCUGUAUUAUCUCUACUGGGCAAAUAAGUAAAUUUUAACAUCCUGUUUUACAAGAAAUACUUCGAAACAAAAAUAUUAACUGCUUUUCAUUAUAUAUAAACAACAAUCUGAAAGUAUAAAAUUAAAAAUAUUAUUUUGUUAAUAUAACAUGGUAUCUUAUAUGUGGGGAUCCAGUAGAACAUCAUAGGUUUUAUAAUUAGUAGAAAAAGUCUGAUCCUUAAAAAAAAAUAUGAAAAUUUCUGCACUGCAAAGAAAUAUAUAACUAUUGAUCAAUAUUGGUAUGGGGCACCAUUAUGGUAGUAACAAAUUUAAAUCCAAAUUGUUAGAGUAAUAGCUCAUAUUUUCUCUUUGAUCUAUUGGAUGGCUCAUGGUUUAUUAUUUCUGUUAAGGAAAUACCAUUAUGAUGUGAAACUUG